UUGAAAACAAACCCUGCCGGCCAGCGAUUUCGUUGCAUCUAUUUUGCACCGAUCUUGAAAUUUCCGAUUUUCUGCUCUCUGCUGACUCUGCUCGAUCAUCGUAGGAUUUUUCCCAGAAAAACGAUGGCCGGAAAGGUUGACUGGGCGGCAUGUGCCGAGGAGCAGCAGAAGAUGCUGGCGUCCGAGCUAAAAAACCUCAAGGUGGAGCAGGGUGGUGAGGCCUCCGUCCAGCACCACACCGGCGACGGUGACUCGCCCGAGGACAACCAACCGGACGAAGCCAUCUCCUCGGCGGAGGUGUCGUUACUGCAGAAGGUGAUUCGCAAGGGUCUGAUCACUUCCAAGUACGACAUCGAAGUGCAGCGCAAAGACCCCAACUCGCCGCUCUACUCGGUCAAGUCGUUCGAGGCACUCAAGCUGCGGCCCGAGCUUCUGAAGGGCCUCUAUGCCAUGGGCUUCGACGCCCCCUCAAAAAUCCAGGAGACGGCCCUGCCCACGCUCCUCGCUGACCCGCCGCACAACAUGAUUGCCCAGUCGCAGUCGGGCACCGGAAAGACGGCAGCUUUCGUCCUGGCCAUGCUGAGCCGCGUCGACCUAAACCAGAACCAUCCACAGGUGCUCUGUCUGGCGCCCACCUACGAGUUGGCCCUGCAGAUCGGCGAGGUGGCCACCAAGAUGGCGCAGUUCCUGCCUGCAAUGAAGAUUGUGUUUGCGGUGCGCGGGGAGGACCGUCCAAGGGGCACCAGACUCACCGACCACAUCAUCAUCGGGACACCGGGGAAGGUCCUUGACUGGGGCGUCAAGUACAAGUUCUUUGACCUGUCGAAAAUCAGAGUAUUUGUGUUGGACGAGGCCGAUGUCAUGAUUGCCACUCAGGGCCACCAAGAUCAAAGUUUCCGAAUCCACAAGUAUCUGCCCUCUACCUGCCAGGUUAUGUUCUUCUCUGCCACUUAUGAGCAGCAGGUGAUGGAGUUUGCUGAGGUGAUUGUGCCAGACCCAAUCAUCAUCAGACUGAGACGAGAAGAGGAGUCUCUGGACAACAUCAAGCAGUACUACGUCUUGUGUUCGGACCAGGAGGCAAAGUACAACGCAAUUGCCAACAUCUAUGGGGGUAUCACCGUUGGCCAGGCUAUCAUCUUCUGCCACACGAAAAAGACCGCCGGCUGGCUGGCGUCCAAGAUGGCCAAAGACGGCCACUCGGUGGCCUUGUUGAGUGGCGAGCUGACUGUGGAGCAGCGAAUCUCCGUCCUUGACAGGUUCCGCCAGGGCACGGAGAAGGUUCUCAUCACCACCAACGUCCUCUCCAGAGGCAUUGACGUUGAGGCUGUGACCAUUGUGGUCAACUUUGACCUGCCUAUCGACCUGCAGCGCAGAGCCGACUGCGAGACUUACUUGCACCGAAUCGGCAGGACGGGCCGCUUUGGAAAAAUGGGCCUGGCCAUUAACCUUUGUGACAGCCGCAACAUGCACAUCCUCAAGGAUAUCGAGAUGCACUUUGGGAAGGAAAUCAAACCCCUGGACACCGAGGACCCUGACGACAUUGUCAAGCUCAGCCAAAAGUGAAAAUGAAUGAAAACUGAUUUAAAUCAAAGGACAGCCAGAGAAUUGUUUCUCAACAAAGACUAUUGAGAUUUUCCUCUACGUACUGUUGUUAAAAGUCACGUCAUUUCGUUCAUUUUUUAUUUUAAGGAAUAAAGUUAAAUUUGCACUCAGACACAAAAUUGGGCAUAUAUAUGCCAUUUUUUGAUACAUUCAAUCCAAAAUCUAUCUCAGAAAUGUGAUAAAUGUUAUUUAGUAUUAAUUUAAAUAAUUGUAUUUUGUUCACAUUUCACAUAAGUUAAAUUAAAUUAUUGAUGAAUAAUCAUCUAUGGCAAUGAAAGGAAUAGUUGAUCGAAAUGGCAAUAUUUUUAUUUAUUUUUAGAUUAACAAAUUUCCUGUGAAAUUUACUUUAUCAUAAAUUAUUUUUCUGUUAUUUUUGAAAAAAAUAAGACAAGGAAAAAUUUUUGUGAAUCAGAAAGUUUUAAUCCUUGGUUUUGAAUAAAAAUUGGCAAUGUGCAAUGUUCAGUGAUCGCCAAGUGUUUACGAGAUUUGCCUGUCACGGGUACCACUAUUUAUUUUGUAAGAAUAAAAAUUUUCAUUCUCAAGCGACAAUAGAUUGUGAAUGCAAGCACUGCGGUAAGAAAUGUUCACAAUAUCAUAUUCUUGAAUGUAAUGAACGAAAACUAAGCCUAAGAGAGGCUGCAAAAAUCAAAAUUAACUAAUUUUGUACUUUGUAAUAAUUAUCGAAACAAGCUUAAUUGUAAAAUUAAUUUUAGGAAGACAAAUUAGCUUUAGACACCCGUUGUACACCUAGUUGUGUUCAAUAAAUACUCUA